AUGUAGAGACUUCGAUUGGUACUUAGUGAUUACAUUUUGUAUAGGGAGGGAUAUCAUUAAUUGGUUUGCAAUGGUUUAUUUGAAAUAGUUCCUAGAUUAACUGUAAGUUAAUUGGAUGAUGAAAUGAAUCUAAUAGGAAAAGGUAGUUUUGGAAUGGUGUACUUAAAAUAACUGAAUGGAUAUAAUUUUGCGAUAAAAAAAAUAAAUAAAAAUCUAGCUUACAGGGAACUUAAAAUACACAAAUAACUAAAGCACAAAUACAUCAUUUAACUAUUAUAAUUCUUAGAGAAAGACGAUCAUUUAUAUUUGAUUUAAGAAUAUGCAAAAAAUGGUCAUUUGACCACUACUACAUAAGUUAAUCCAAAAUAGAUAAUAAUUCAAUUAUGCAAUGCAUUACAAUAUCUCCACAAUAAAGGAAUAAUCCAUAGAGACAUCAAACCAACUAAUGUAUUGUUAAGUGACAAAAAUAAUGUUAAAUUAUGCGAUUUUGGUUUGGCUACUUAAAAGGAUGUCAUAAGUAACUUUUCUGGUACCUAUGAAUUCAUGGCACCUGAAAUUUUAAGGAAUUAUCCACAAUCCUAUUCUGUUGAUAUUUGGAGUUUAGGUUGUCUCCUAUAUUGGUUGCUAGAAAAAAAACCAAUCCUUUCUGGUAUUCAUAAUCUAAUAAAUUCUAUAGGCACUGAAGAUGAAAUGAUUGAACAAAUUCUAAAUUUCACUGAACCCUCUUUUACUAUGGCUGACCCCUAUGCUAAGGAUUUGAUUAUUAAGAUGCUAGUUCCUGAACCUGACAAAAGAAUCACAUUAACUGAGAUAAUAUAACAUCCAUAUAUUACUAAGGAAUCUCAGAAUAAUUUAAAAAACGAAGAAAACUCAUAUUCAUAUUCCGAUGAAACAUAAGCAAGCUACCAACAAUAAUAAAUUGCUCCUAAAAGUUCUCAUGAAGAUAAAAAUGUCUUUCAAAGAAUAGUUAGUUUAUUCUCAUGCAUGGGUAGAGAUAAAUGAUGAGAAAAACUAAAUAGAUAGAGUUAUAAUAUAUGACA